AUGCUCUGGGUUGGUGUGCUUUGGAACUCUCUAUACACGGUUUACGUCAUCAAGCAGUUUGCCGACCACUUUGUGCCAACGUGGGCAACGGGACUCACCCACUGGACCCGUUGCGUGGAGGCGUUCCUUGUCACUUUUGCACGCAAUCAAGUGGCUCUGGCUGUACGCUACGAGGGGACUCGUCUUUGGCAGUACCGGGGUCUGAUGUCGAGCACGGUCACCAUGUGCCUUGCGCCAAUCCUGAUUGUCACUCGGUUCCUCAUAUGGCCUGAUAUUUGCCUAUGGAUUCCUGGGCUUGAUUUCGUCGUUCUACCGGUCUGCUGCAUCCCAAUGUUGAUAUGGACGAUGGAAGCAGUCAUCCAUCAUCUCCAGAGCGGCGUGCACGAUGUGUUUCUACAGUGCAUGGACCUGAUCGAGAUGGACCGCAACAAACAGCUCCAAAAGGAGGCAGAUGCCGAAGCGGAGGAGCAGCCCUCGGGGCAGAAAAGAGGAGCCCCGCCGCCGCAUUGGAACAUCACCUUUCAAG